CUUUAAAUUCCCUCCCUCCCCCUCCUUGCUCCAAUCCAUUCCUCCCCAAACCCGCCGGAGUUCCAAAAAAAAAAAAAAAAAAAAAAAAAAAAACUCCAUUUUUUCCCGAUUAAACGAAUCACUACCUCAUCCCCGAGCAUUAAUCCCAAACAAACCACAGCAUUCCGCCAUGCCAACCUCCUCCACCUCCUCCCCUUCCUCUUCCACAUCCCCUCCCCUUCCAGAGUUCAAAAACUCCGUCAAGCUCAAAUACGUCAAACUUGGCUACCAAUACUUAGUAAACCACAUCCUCACCCUCCUCCUCAUCCCCAUCAUCGCCAUCUUCGCCCUCGAAGUUGCCCGAAUGGGCCCUUCCGAACUUCUUUCCCUCUGGCGCUCCCUCCAACUGGACCUCCUCCAAAUCCUGUGUUCCGCUUUCAUCAUCGUCUUCGUCGCCACCGUCUACUUCAUGUCCCGCCCUCGCCCAAUCUACCUCCUCGACUACGCUUGUUUCAAACCGCCCAUGUCCUGUCGAGUCCCCUUCUCCACUUUCAUGGAACACACCCGCAUCAUCUGCUCCGACGAGAAGAGCUACCAAUUCCAAGCCCGAAUCCUCGAGCGCUCUGGCCUCGGUGAAGAAACCUGCCUCCCCCCUGCUAACCAUUACAUCCCACCUAGCCCCAACAUGGAAGCCUCCCGCACCGAAGCCAAACUCGUCAUCUUCUCAGCCAUCGACGACCUCCUCUCCCGCACCGGUCUCAAGCCCAAAGACAUCGACACUCUCGUCGUCAACUGCAGCCUAUUCUCCCCAACCCCUUCCCUCUCCGCCAUGAUCGUCAACCGCUACAAACUCCGCGGCAACAUUCGAAGUUUCAAUCUUUCCGGCAUGGGAUGCAGCGCAGGGCUCAUUUCCAUAGACCUCGCAAGAGAUCUCCUCCAGGUUCACCCCAACUCCACCGCCCUCGUUGUCUCGACCGAGAUCAUCACUCCCAAUUUCUACGCCGGGAACCAGCGCUCCAUGCUUCUUCCCAAUUGCCUCUUCCGCAUGGGCGCCGCCGCAAUCCUCCUCUCCAAUCGCCGCCGGGACCGCCGUCGCGCUAAGUACCGUCUCCUCCACCUCGUUCGAACCCAUAAAGGCGCGGAUGAAAAAGCCUACCAUUGCGUCUACGAGGAGGAGGACAAGGACGGACAUUCCGGCAUCUCUCUUUCCAAGGACCUCAUGGCCAUCGCAGGGGAAGCCCUUAAAUCCAACAUCACCACCAUCGGCCCUCUGGUCCUCCCUGCUUCCGAGCAACUCCUCUUCCUCUUCACACUCAUUGGCCGAAAGAUCAUAAAUCCGAAAUGGAAACCUUACAUCCCAGACUUCAAGCAAGCCUUCGAACACUUCUGUAUCCAUGCCGGCGGGCGAGCGGUGAUCGAUGAGCUGCAGAAGAAUCUGCAGCUCUCACCGGAGCACGUGGAGGCUUCGCGGAUGACCCUGCAUCGCUUCGGUAACACCUCCAGCAGCUCCCUCUGGUACGAACUCAACUACAUCGAAUCCAAAGGCCGGAUAAAGCGCGGCGAUCGGAUUUGGCAGAUUGGCUUCGGGAGCGGAUUCAAGUGCAACAGCGCGGUUUGGAAAUGCAUGAGGACGGUUAAGACGCCGCUCGACGGCCCCUGGGCGGAUUGCAUUGACCGCUACCCUGUUUUCAUCCCGGAGGUCGUCAAGCUCUGAAGAACUCCGCACUCGCCGCCGGCGAUCUGUUCAACCACUCUUCCUACCACCAACCGAACGACGUUGUGAAGUAGAUGGGUGUUUGAUUUGUUGAAAUUUAAUUAUGUGUUGUGUAAGAUUCUGUGGCUGAUCCGAUUCCAUUGGUAGUUGCUGCUGGCUGUUGCGUGUUGUGUGGUCUCGUGAGGAGGAGGAGGGGGGGUCGAAUACAAGCUGUUUGAUUUAAUGCCCAAGAAGUAAUACAGCGAUAGUUGAAGUUGUGUAUUUAA